UAUGAAGUUGACCUGGAAGACAAAUCACAGCUUUAACGUGGUUUGGCAAGGCCAUGCAUGUCUGAUGUGCGUGAUGGUACUAUAAGUACUCACAGCUAUACUUUGCUGCCUGUAUUUAUGUAUAGAGAUAUACUAUACCUAAAUGGCUACCAUACGGCAAUCAUCAUGACGAGAUCAUGAUAAUUUAGGCAGAUGGUGCCUGAACCAUUAUAGUUUAGAUUUCUUUCUCGCAUCUCCAUCUAUCUUGCAACUCUUUCCCAUCUAUAUUGAAUUUUCACAUUUAUACUUAUUUAUAUUCGACACCAUGCCUUUUAAUCGUCCCUUUACUUCCCCACCAAGUAAACCAGAAGACCACCAUCCUCUGCCCUGGUACAAUCCCCGCGGAUGGUCUAAUCGCAAAAAGAUCAUCUGUCUUGGAAUCACCAUCCUGAUCUUCGUUGCCAUAAUCAGCAUUGGUAUUAUUGUUGGUGCUAUCGUGGGGACAAGACCUCGCUAUCCAGACUACGUCCCACUCGAGUAUAAGCUGGUUGAUACCUAUGCCGGCACUUCCUUUUUCGACCAGUUUGAUUACUUUUCGGCCGAGGAUCCGACACAUGGAUUUGUGCAUUAUGUCGAUAGAUCGGUAGCAGAGAACCUCAACCUGACCUAUGCCACCGACGAGUCUGUCAUUCUCAAAGUUGAUACUUCUGAAAAGAAAGCAUUAACAGGCAGACGCUCUGUCCGGAUCGAGUCCAAGAACCACUAUGAUACAGGUCUUUUUAUAUUCGACAUCCUCCACACCCCCUAUGGUUGCGGCACGUGGCCCGCUCUAUGGCUGACAGAUGGAUAUAACUGGCCUGCAAACGGCGAGAUUGAUAUCCUGGAAACCACUAAUAAGGCGAAUGAGGGCAAUACAGUGACUUUACACUCUACAGCAGGCUGUCAUGUGGAAGGAAAACGGAAGCAGACUGGGUCUGCUGAGUUUCUCAGCUGCGAGGACACCAACGGUAAUGCAGGCUGUGGCGUACAAGGCACACCGGAUACUUAUGGUGAGGAACUGAAUGAUAAUGGAGGAGGGGUCUACGCCUUGGAACUGCGCAACGCCGGUAUUCGGGCCUGGUUCUUCCCGCGCCAUCUCAUUCCAAACGAUAUCGCGAAUUCCACUCCAGACCCAUCAACUUGGGGAACUGCACUGGCUGACUUUCCGAAUACUCACUGUGAUAUCUCAUCGCAUUUCUCAAACCAAAGUAUCAUUGCUAAUAUUGAUCUAUGCGGCGAACUUGGCGCACAGCCGCAGCUGUAUACUGAGCUAUAUAACUGUCCCGGGAAAUGCGAGGAUGUGGUUGCAAAUAAUCCGCAGAGAUUUCUAGAGGCGUAUUGGGAGUUUAGCAGCUUCAAGGUUUAUCAGUCUGUUUGA